AUGCAGAUGGUGCCCAGGUUCUGUUUCCCUUUCGACAUAGAAAGGGAGCCGCCCAGCCCUGCGGUCCAGCAUUUCACCUUCGCCCUCACUGACCUGGCCGGCAACCGUAGAUUUGGCUUCUGCCGCCUGCGGGCCGGCGCCUGGAGUUGCCUCUGCAUCCUCAGCCACCUUCCCUGGUUUGAAGUGUUCUACAAGAUCCUCAAUACUGUGGGGGACCUCCUAGCCCAGAACCAAGUCUCAGAGGCUGAAGAACUACUACAGAACUUGCAGCAACACCCUCUUCCUGAACCAGGGUUUUCAGGAGAACCAGAGAUGGGCAGCAGCUCGACCAUCUGGAGCAAGUGUGGGAUCCUGCCGCCUACUCUGGGGAAUAGCAAAUUGCUUUCUUGUUUUGUGGCCCCGGAUUCUGCCGGCCUGCCAUCUAUUCCUGAGAACAGGAAUCUCACGGAGCUGGUGGUUGCCGUUAAGGAUGAGAACAUCGUGGGGCUCUUCGCAGCACUGCUGGCUGAGAGGAGGGUCUUGCUCACCGCCAGCAAGCUCAGCACUCUGACAGCCUGCGUUCAUGCAUCCUGUGCUUUGCUCUACCCCAUGCGCUGGGAGCACGUCUUGAUCCCCACGCUGCCCCCACACCUGCUGGAUUACUGCUGUGCGCCCAUGCCCUACCUCAUCGGAGUCCACGCCAGUCUCUCUGAGAGAGUUCGGGAGAAAGCACUGGAAGACGUAGUGGUGUUGAACGCCGACUCUAACACACUGGAGACGCCGUUUGACGACACGCAAGCACUGCCCCCAGACGUAGUGUCCCUGCUGAGGCUUCGGCUGAGGAAGGUGGCGCUGAGUCCCGGGGAAGGGGUGUCCCGUCUCUUCCUCAAAGCCCAGGCUCUGCUCUUUGGAGGGUACCGCGACGCGCUUGUUUGCAUCCCGGGUCAGCCGGUGACCUUCAGUGAGGAAGCCUUCUUGGCUCAGAAGCCGGGGUCGCCGCUACAGACCUUCCACAAGAGGGCAGUACACCUGCAGCUGUUCAAGCAGUUCAUCGAAACCCGACUGGAGAAACUCAAUGCUGGGGAAGGCUUCUCAGACCAAUUCGAGCAAGAGAUCAUUGCCUGCUGUGGGGCUUCCUCAGGCGCCCUGCGCUCCUACCAGCUCUGGGUAGAGAGUCUUAAGAAAGGUGGCGAUGCCCUCCUGCAUUCAAUGAAGGCCAAAACCCGACCAGCUGUCAGAAACAUGUACAGAUCGGCUAAGAGUGGCCUGAAGGGUGUGCAGAACCUGCUUAUGAUUAAGGAUGAAGACUCUGGCCUUCAGAGGGGGGGCUCCCUGAGAACCCCGAGCCUCAUCAGCCGCUCAGAUCGCCUGCAACAGCGCCUGCCUAUCAGCCAGCACUUUGGGCAGAACAGACCCCUCCGCCCUAGCAGGAGAUUCAGGCGGGAAGGGGUACCUUCCCAACCCCUCAGGGAAAGGAGUCCUACCUUGAGCCCCAAGGACACCCAGAGUCCCUGGGCAGAGGAAACUCUAGAUGGCAGCUUCCUGGGGUCUGGAGAACUGGAUCUGUUGAGCGAGAUUUUAGACAGUCUGAACAUGGAAACCAAGAGUGGUGGCCGGCUGAGGGCCAGCCAGAGCUUGGACUGCUGCCAGCAGGAGGCAUCGGAGAGCUGCUUCAGCCUGCCUGACAGCCCAGCGAGGUCACCAUGGCAACUAGAAGAUGAUACACAAUCUCUGGAAGCCCAGCCCUGGUCUUUGCCAGAGGACCUGCCGUCUCUGCAGGACACCCCAUCUUUAGAGGUGGCAAACUAUUAUGAGAACUGUUCUGAGCCCUCAGACAUCUCUCCUCCAGCAUCUUCAGCCACUUCAGUAGACCCAAGCAGCCGAGAACCCGAGAGUUCUGCUCCCACCGAGCUGGACCCUAGAAUCCCACAAAGCCCUUGCUCCAGGCUCCUCAUAGUGCCCAGCACUCCAGACAGCCCCCAACUUCUUGCCUCCACAGAGCACAACCCUGACACUGUCGGGACAUUACAACCCAUUCAGUCUCCCUCACACCUCAGUUCUCCAGAGAGCCCCAGAAACCAGCCUCUCCAGGUCCUGAGUAAUCAGACUCGAGCCCAAACCCUCAAGGAGCUGGGAGUAACCAACUGGCAGGGGCCCCCAGUCAGGCAGCCUCGCGUGGCUGAACUGAAAAAGUGUUUUGAAAAGUAAAAACAAGGGUGCAAAGGCACCCAGCUCCCAAUAAAGCUGAUUUUGUUCUCCUUGAUAAGUUUAUCUGGGGCCUCCGUCAGCUCAGAAACCUACCUCAUUCAUGCCUGGA